ACCGACUUGAGAUGAGAGAGACGAGUGGGACGCAGCUGGGCUUGGCAGCUGAUACAUACGCUGAUUUCUCCACGAUCUCCGUAGGGCAGAGCCACAGGGCUGACAGCAGGCGCAGCAGUUGGUUUCCUUGCGCACUGUUCGCGCAAGCCGUAAUACUACAUCUCCGCGGUCGUGUCCUUGGAAGCGAGCGUCAUGGACCUGCUCCCCGAAGAGGUGCUCCUCGAGGUGCUGCAGUAUUUGGACGUGCGGGACCUCCUCGCCUGCCGCCGCGUCUGCAAGAGGCUCGGGGCGCUGGUGCUCGUCGGCCGGGUGUGGCGCCACCGAGAGCUCCGCCUCGGCUCCCCUGGCGUCCCUGCCGCGUCCCCCCGAGAGCGUGGGCCGCUGCACCUGCUGCGCCUGGCGCCGUGCCUGGACCACUUGUACAUCUGUGCCGCUGCUGGGACACUUCGGGCCAUAACCACGACCAAGUGCGCCGUGGCAAGUCUGACGCUGGAGGAUAGAUAUUUGGGUUUUAACUCCCAGCUGUACGUGGAGAUGGUGCGCCACCAGGAGGCGCUCGGGCGCCUGAGGCGCGUGCACCUGGACUUUAGGUCCUCUGCUAAUUCCUGCCGCGUGUUGUUGGACGCGCUGACGACGUUACCUCGGUUGGAGUCGCUGACACGCAGUAAAAACUGCCGGGACCGCGCCUCCAACUACGCGUCCACUGCCCCCGUUCCGCAUCCGUCCGUGCAGUCUCUCAGGAAGUUCAGCUGGAAACUUACUCGGGACACAGUGCCAUUUGUCCAUGCCGUGCUGGCGGGGCACAGCGCCACCCUGGAGGACGUGGAGCUCAAGGUCGGUUGUAGCGGCUGGACCAGCUGGACAGACGACACGGUGGCUUCGCUGCUGGCCGCCUUGCCCAGGCUCCACAGUCUGCGUAUUGACUACCCCAACAUACCCGGGCUGCCGGCCGUGGCGGCGUGCGGGGCGCUCAGGAAGUUGUGCGUGGACGUAGGCUACAACUCAACUGUUGUGGAGCUGCUGCGCCGGGCCAAGCAGCUGCGUGAUGUCCGCUUGAUGCUGGACUGGUUCGGCCUGGGGUGCGAGGUGCUGCAAGCCCUGGCCUCGCCCGCCCUGGAGCGGCUGGAGCUCCGAUUCUGCACACUCCCAUGUAGGAACGAUGAAGUGCGGCCACUGCUCCGCUCCAUGGCCACGCUGCCCGCGCUGCGCCACCUGGUGCUGGACAGCAGUCUCUACACUUCCCUGGGCUCGUUGCCUCUCGACCUGCUGCAGCGCAUCAACCCCGCUACGGCCCCGGCCCUGCGCAUCCUGGAGCUGAAGAUGGGCAGGCAUCCGUGUCCCCACACCUGGGUCCACGAGGACGCAGUCCACCCGGCUCUCAUGGCCAACCCCUCGCUCCACAUUCAGCUCGAAUUCUUGGGUGCCCAAGAAUGCGAAAAAAGCAAUUGUGUGGUGUGUGCCAUGGACUGCCACAAAGAUGUCUGGAAAGCAGGUGUAGGCACCAACGACAUUCUAAAACUAUCCAUCCAUUUACAUGAACUUCAAAUAGUUGUAAGUUCACGUGUCCUGAAAUCUUACCAAUACCUAUAAACAGUCAGUGUGGCCAAUACCCGCCUGUUUUAGCACCCUUCUAAAGAUAAUUACUAAAAGUGUGGUACUUAACAUCUGAUACUUUGGAACAGGAGUGGAGUGGAGUUGCGUUCAUUUUCUAUGCUGGUAAUUAAACUCGAUUUUUUUGAGUACUUGAAUUAUUAUUACUUAAUGUUUACUUUAUUAGUACGAUUAAUUAUUACUGAAUAAUUAAAGAGGUCAAAACAGAUA